AUGAGGACGACUGUACGAGCGGCGAUUGCCAUUGCACUGGUAUUCACCGUGUUACUGGUCAAGAGUCAUCUCGAUUCCAUUCCGCAAUGGCAGGCUCCGGGUCGGAAACAAGCUUCGGCUAGGGAUCUCUAUGUCCUCGAUGAAUCUGACGCUUAUAUCGAGCUGGUCUCGGCUGAUACUACGAUCUCGCCUAAACCAAAUCCGACUCGGCAUAAAUGGACGCCUACUGGCCGACCUACGCCUCCCGUGGUGCCGAAUAAAGUCGCAACGAAACAGAUCCCGGUGCGAGUUCCUGGCGCGGAAUGGGCUGGCCAGGAUCCCUUCUUGCGGAAUUACAAUUCGAAGUCGAAGUCAAAGAAAUUGACCGAUUCACAAAAGUCGCACGGUCAGAAACUCGGUCCGCUUGAGCAUGGGAAUGUACGGAAGCUUGCGCCUUCGUCGACUGCGCCGCCUAAGCCCAAAAUUACCCCGAAAACGGAUCGCAUAAUUGUGAUGGGGAAGAUGUCGUAUGAAGAUACAGAUUGGUUGGAGGAGCAGUUGCCAGAAUGGCAGCAUGCACUUUAUAUCGUCGACGACCCAGAAGCAGAACGCACUGUCGCGCACAACAAAGGCAAAGAGAGCAACAUCUAUCUCCAAUACAUCCUCGACAAUUACGACAAAUUGCCCGAGUACAUGGUCUUCCUCCACGCCCAUCAAUAUAGCGCCCAUACCGAAUUCUGGGAACAAGAUAAUGCCAUAACAGUCCGAAGGCUGCAAAUCGACUACCUCAAACAAGUCGGAUAUCUCAAUCUCCGCUGCGACUGGGGCCCAGGAUGUCCCGAUGAGGUUAAACCAUUCCGGCAGAUGGCUGGCCGCACCACCGAGUUGGCGUUUGCUGGCGCUUGGCUUCGUAUUUUUAAUAAUACUGAUGUGCCUGAGAUUGUCGCUACGCCUUGCUGUGCUCAGUUUGCUGUUACAAAACAGCAGGUUCUUCAACGGCCUCGUAGUGACUAUGCGCAUUAUCACAAGUGGCUUAUGACGACCGAGUUGGAUGAUGAGACUAGUGGUCGUGUCUUUGAGUAUUUGUGGCACAUCAUCUUCGGGCAGGAUCCCGUGUUUUGUCCUUCAAAGGCACAGUGUUACCGAGAUGUUUAUGAUAUGGAGUUUGACGGACCGAACACGUAUACGGAGCCGAAUCCUUUUGAAAAUUCUUUUGAUGACCCCUUUGAUGAUCUUUGGGCUAACUGGGAUGAUGAAGUUCCCUGGAAAUAA